AUGGCUGGCAAACCCCUUGUACUUGUCACUGGUGCCUCUGGUAAUAUUGGAGCUGCUACAGUUAGUGUCCUGGCUGAAAAGUAUGCUGAUAAAGUAGAGAUAAGAGCUGGUGCACGCAAUCCAGACAAAAUCCCAGCAAGGCCUAAUGUCACCGUUGUUAAAGCAGUAUUGGGUGACAAGGAUCAGCUCAAAGAGCCUCUCAAAGGUGUCGACGUUCUUUAUAUCGUCACUCCAGGGGCUGAAGACAGAGCCUCAUUGACCAUUAGGACAGCAGAAGCCGCUAAGGAAGCUGGGGUGAAGUUCAUUCUGGUUGUCAGUGUCCCAACUGUGAUUCUCCCUGACACCAUAUUUGGCAAACAGUUAAGUGAAAUUGAAGACAAGGUCUCGAAACUUGGAAUUCCCUACUCUUUCCUGCGUCUACCCAUGUUUGUGGAAAACAUCUGGGGAAGCAAAGACACCAUUGUCAGUCAAUCAGCUUUUUAUGCUCCCCAAUCUCCCGAUAAACCAGCAAUUUACAUCGCUGUUGAAGAUGCUGCUAAAGCUGGUGCAGCAAUCCUAGCCAAUUACUCUAAACACAAUGGAAAGGGAUACACCAUACAGAGCGACCGUUACGCUAAUGCAGAGCUAGCAGCUGCCUUCACUGAAGCAUUGGGAAAAGAAGUCAAAUUUGUUCAAGUUCCGCCUGAGGCAGCAAAGCAAGCAAUGGUGGGGAAGGGCUGGCCUGAAUGGCAAGUUGAUGGAAUACUUGAGCUACUGAAACUGAUAGAAGAAGGUGCUCCAGUCCUCACUGCAGGAGAUGAUGGCCAGGCCCUUAAAUCUCUGACCGGAGAAGAGCCAACCUCAAUGAAGGCAUGGGUCACCAAGAAUGCUCCCGGCUUCAAAUAA